UCAGGUGGAGGCUGAGAUGAUCCUGACUCCUAGAAUCAUGAACCCUGACGACCGAUCCUGCCUCCUCUGACAGAAUCUGAUACCAUGGUAACCUGUCUCAGGGUAGAUAUUUGUGCGAAGGUGAGCGGUGUGGGGAUCCCAGACUCUGUAGUCUUGAAUGCAGAGCUGCAACUGGAUUGGCUGAAAGGUGUGAGGGGCGGAGUAAAGAGAGUUCAUUUCCUGAAUUCCCAUCAGCCCCAGCACACAGGGGUCCUAACUCUUGGCCACAGCCGUCCACACUCCUGCCUGAACUACACUGUCUACCUACGAGAGGAGGAUGAGUUUAGGGAUAAAUUGACUCCCAUUUCAUUGGCUCUGAACUACAGUUUAGCCCCUCCUUCCAACCUGGAUCUCCCCCCUGUCCUCAACCGCUACAGCAGUACCUUCCUGCAGGAACAGGCGUAUAUUCUGCUGGACUGUGGGGAAGACAAUGAGUGUAUUCCAGACCUCCAGCUGUCUGCAAGCAUGGACCGUACAGAGCUGGUGGUCGGGGAUGACAACCUGGUUCAUGUUGACCAUAAACGCGUUAACAAAGGAAGAGGGGCAUAUGAGACGGAGCUACACACACUCCUACCCCCUGAGGCUGAUUACAAGGAGUGGAAGCGCAGGAUAGAG